AUGGAAGACGCAAUGAAAUAUGAACUGUCCGACAUGGACAAAAUGGGCAUGCGCAAGAUUGUGAAACUCUUCAUAGUCUAUGAGCUCCAGUCCGCGGUUGAUCUAGACAUAUUGAUUGCCUCCAUCACGGCAGGUGUGAGGAAUGCGACCAAGCGAUUGCCUAUCAUGACAGGGGAUCUUGAAGUUGACGGUUCGGGCAAAGCCUACAUCGUGGCAGCCCCAGGAAGCCAGGUCGAAGUCAACAUCCGCCGAUUCAAACCCACAGAGCACAAGCCCCUCUCCGUCCUAGCCGCCAGUGGCUUCCAUCCUAGUGAUAUGGAUCCUGUUCAGCUGUUACCUGAAGAACCAACGGCUAAGAAUCCAGUCUGCAGUCUGCAGCUGAGUGUCAUUGAGGGGGGCCUGAUCUUGGGCUUCCGAAUGAAUCAUGCUGCUGGGGACUGGUCUUCAAUUGAUACGUUCCUAUCUCUUGUCUGCCAAGGUAGCAAGGCCCAUCAACAAGGCAUGGAAAUGCCCACGCAUACCCCAGAUUUCAACAGAGCUCCCUACAAUGCCUCGGCGUCCGAGUCGGCCCUCUCGAGAGCAGAGCUAUUGGAAAAGCUCCAGAUAUUUUACAUCAUGGAACUGAGUCAAUUCAAACCAAAACCACCGCCUAUAUCCAAAUCGGGCAUCUACAGGAUCUCCGAGCCAACGAUCCAACAGCUCAAAGCGCAAUGCGCCCCGUUUGUAAGCCCGGUAGACUACAUAACCUCAUACAGCUGCAUCUCCGCUCUCGUCUGGACAGCAGUCACGCGUGCCCGACUUUAUCUUCAUCCCGAGAAAGCGACAUCGCCAUCUCGCUUCAUUCACCCCAUCAACGUACGCACCCGGGACCCAGAGAAGGAAACCUCUGAACUAUAUUUCGGUAACGCUGUUAUUGCAGGCCAGGCGGGCCCUCGCACAGCUCGAGACGCGGCAUUUGGCGGAGACGAAGGCAUUGCAAGGGCGGCAGUUUUGAUUCGCGAAUCCAUCAACACCAUCAACAUGUCUUCAAUCGCUCAUAUGACUUCACUUAUCAAGUCACUCUCUCCGGGAGAGAUACCAGCCUCUCGUGCGGACUUUGCUGACAUGGACAUGAUGAUGAAUAGCUGGUAUUCAGGUACCGCGGAGAAGUAUGAUGUUGGAGCUGGUGCGGUUCCGGUUGCGGUACGGCUGCCUUCUACCAUGGCAGGGGUUUCUAUGAUCUUGCCCAAUUUCUCACGCGGAGCAACGAGAGUCUUUGAGGUUCUUGUUGAGUUGGCUGUCAAGGAGCAUGAUUUGUUAAGGCAGGAUGCGGAGUUUUUGAAGUAUUUCGAGAUUGUUGCGUGA